AUGAUAGAAAAAAAUUUAGUUUCUGUAGGUUUAAAAACACAAAUAAAUGAGCUUGAGAAAUUAAUAAACAACAUAGAUACUCAAGUUGAAAAAAGUGUAAAUGGUAAUAAUGUAAAAAGCACUUUUUUUCUUAAAUUAUAUGAAGAAAAGAAAAGCAUUUUGAAUACAAUUCUAAACCAAGAAAAAAAGAAAGCAUAUGAAGAUAUUGAAAACAAUAAAAGUAAUAUGCUCAGAAAAGUUAGUAUAAUUAAUGAAAAAAAUGAAGAUGUUAAAAAGCAAUCAGAAAUAUUAAUGAUAGAAAAAAAUAAAAAUUUGUGUUUUAUCAAGAAUUUAGAAAAUAAAACUGAAAAAAUUAAAAGAAUUAUAAUGUAA